AUGGCUGACAAGACGCCCAUAGGAUUCUUGGACUCGUGGACUUGUCGCUUCGGAGCAGACAGCUUGGAUUUCGUGGAGCUCGGCACUUCACCGGUUCUGGCCAACUUCCCUGAAGAAGGAGUGGUGUUCUGCGAGAAAGAUGGCAGCCGCAUCUGCUUAGAUCGAUCGGGCAUCGAGGACCUCAUGUCCUGUACUUGGGCGAGCCAUCUGCUACUGGAGGAUCAACGGCUGCUAGCUGAGCGCGAGUUCUGGGCUUUUCCUCCUCCAGUGUCUCCGAGCACCCCUUUUGGCAACGUGCCGAGCAGUGCUGACGUCGGGUGCACGGAGCUGCUCAGGCAUGGCACAUUCUUGUUCGAGUCGCUUUGUGUCCAGAGGAUAGGGUUGGUGGAGGGCGUGGACGUCGGGUUGGGCCUUUUCGCGAGACGGCCAAUUCCCCGGGGCACCUACCUGGGUGAGUACGUUGGAGUUCUGACACGCCGCGUGUGUGAGGACGAUGGCCUGUAUGGCUUCGCAUUGCCGGUCGUGGACCCUGACCUUGUCGUCAACGCGAGCAAGUUCGGAAACUUGUGCCGCCUAAUCAACCACAGCGAUGAUGACUGGAACGCAGAGUUGGUGUCUGUUCACCACGAAGGGUUGUUGCACGUGUUGUGCCGAGCCAUUCGCGACAUCAUGCUGGAUGAGCAGGUCCUGAUCCACUAUGGCAAGCGGUACUGGAUGCCUGAAUCUCGGAGGCAGGUUCGACUUGGCGGAAGCGUGACCGACACGUCGUAA